AUGUCCGCACUCAUCAUAAAACCAGACAGCUACGAAACUCCCGAGCAAUCCAAGCUUGUGUCUAUUGUCGCUCGCGACGAUCAAAAUGUGACGGACAAUCUCCCUGCGACGCUUGCUCCCAGCGAGGAAUUCAAUGUUCAUAUGCCCCAAACUCACGAGGCCGGGUAUUGGAACAAAACAGGUCUCGAAAAAGUUCCCUACCUUCCGUAG